AUGACUGACGGGCAACAGCAAGCAGGGCUACUGCUUGACUAUAUGCAGGUCCAGCAGAUCCAGGAUGGUGAAGAAGCUUGGAUUUCAUUCCGAGACGACGACGGAGGACACCCCUAUGGUGAUGACGAGCAGGUGAUGCCGGUUGUCAAGGACGUCAUCAUUCACCCUAACUACACUGGUGUCCCUAACGAGCAUGACAUUCGAGAUUAUGAUGUGGCCAUCCUCGAUUUUGGCGAGGACAAUAGCACACAACCACCUCUGAACAAGUUCAUCAAACCGAUAUGCUUUCCCUAUAGGAAAGUGUACAACUUAUCAGAAGGAAGAUUGGAGUCUUUGAAAGUAAUGGCUGGUGAGGCAUAUGGAUUCACAGUAGGCUGGGGUCUCUCCCCAGAUUCGCAUACCCGACAGAUACCCUGGCGAAAACAGAAGCAGAACCGACGUGAAAUCCAAUCAGACGUCAAAUGUGGACGUCGCUACCCACACCUGGAUACUGACAGAUACUUCUGCGUCGGAAAUAUAAGGAAGGAAGGCGAUUCCUGUAGAGGUGAUAUUGGUGGUGCGUACAUGGCCGAACUGAGCAACUUUCGCUACAGCGCAUUUGGACUCGCCCAGAUGACGUACGACUGUCAAGACCAUCUCCAAUUUAGCAUCUUCCUUGAUCUGCAUCACCCAUCAAUCACCGAAUGGGCUCUUCCAAUCCUUGAUCGCUGUAAUCGAUUGGGCAGCGCUGAGGACGAAGAAAAGGAGGCUGAGUUAGAAAGAGAGAAUGAUCGAAACAAAACUGAAGAGGCGGAUCUUGUUGAAAACGAUGUAGAUGGGGCGGACCAUGUUGAAGAUAAUGAACCAGCGGGGUAGAAAAUGUCGUGGAUGAUGAUGAGAAAAAGGAUGUGAAUGUUGGCGGCAAGAACGGGAAUGGAAAAAAGAAUCUCAAAAAGAAGGGUAAGGGUAAAGGCAAGAAAAAAAACAAGAACAAGAAUGGUCAAAAGAAAAAGAAAAGGGAGAGAAAUUAGACCAACCUGUGCGAUUAAAAAUGUAGUGUUACAUUUACUAGAAACAUAUGGCUCAUGGCUCAUGCAUGAAAAAGUUGAUUCGUCAAACCAUUUUAUUCAUUGCUCUAUAAUAAAUAGAUAUGGCUGCUUUCUCUG